CAUCUGGAUGGUCUAUGGAAGAUCAUUGUGCAAUCGGGUGGCCAGAACCGGCAGUUCAGGUUCGAUUAUGUGUUUCCCCCUGAAGCCAGCCAAGAGGAGCUGUACACUACGGCAGUCUCCAAAACAAUCAAAGAGAUCCACAAUGGAUUCAAUGUCACCAUUUUGGCUUAUGGCCAAACUGGAUCAGGAAAGACUUACAGCAUGGGUACAAACUCACCGGAAAACUGCCCCGAUGAAACAAUGGGUAUCAUCCCAAGAGCCAUCCGUGACUUGUUUUGCACAGUCAGGGAGCGGGAGGAUGAAUACCAGUACCUGGUGAAAUGCUCAUUUGUUGAGCUGUAUGCAGAAAACCUGUAUGACCUGCUGGCUCCAGGCCCCCGAGAUGACAACAUCCUGCACAUCCGUGAAGGUGUGGGUGGUGAGAUCAGGAUGCAGGGAGUGACCGAGGUGCCCGUGACAUCAUUGCAGGAGACCAUGCGAUGUCUUGAGCAACAAUUCAGAGAACACCUCUCCACGCUCGAGGAGCCUUCUUCCGGGGGGGAAGACCCUCCUCCAAUCGCUGGGCUUCCUCAUCAACUGGAAGAAGUCUGCGCUAGAGCCCACCCAAGACACCACCUGGCUGGGCGUCCGUUGGCUGCUGCAGGCCGGUCAGUGGUCUCUCCCAACAGACCCAGCCUCCUCCAUCGUCAACUCUAUGUUACGCCUGAGGGACAGUGGGUAUGCCUCAAGACGAUGCUGGGAAAGUCUUCUGGGUUCCCUGAACUUCGCGGCUCAGCUCAUCCCAGAAUACCGCCACCACUACUUCCUGAUCGCGAAACCCCAACUACUAGGCCCAGCUCUUCGCUUCAGCCCUGGUGCACGUCCUGCAUCCUCAUUGCUAGUUUCUCUGUUUCUUUGUUCCUAUAG